AUGUCUACACCCACCGCCACCAUCUACACCCACCACGUCUACACCCACAGCCACCGUGUCUACACCCCCCACUCCCAUCUACACCCACUGCCACCGUGUCUACACCCACCGCCACCGUCUACACCCACCGCCACCGUCUACACCCACCGCCACCAUCUACACCCACAGCCACUGUGUCUACACCCACCGCCACCGUCUACACCCACAGCCACCGUCUACACCCACCACCACCGUGUCUACACCCACAGCCACUGUGUCUACACCCACCGCCACCAUCUACACCCACUGCCACUGUGCAGUGCUGCCACCGUGUCUACACACACCACCACCGUUUAUACCCACUGCCACCCCACCGUGUCUACACCCACUGCCACCGUGUCUACACCCACUGCCACUGUGUCUACACCCACGGCCGCUGUGCGGUGCCGCCACCAUGUCUACACCUACUGCUACCCCCAUCAAGGGCUCCCUUCGGAAGAUGAGAGAGAGACCAUGAUGCUCCGUGAGGGCCCGGGCCGGCCGGCGACCUCCCUUCGUGUCUUCCGCCAGGCAGCCCGCGGGGGUCCCUUCCGCUCGGCGGCCAAUCCCCGGGGCGAGGGCGUGGGCGUGGGCGGGGGCCGAGGCCUCGGGGGAAGCCGAUCCCUGCGCCCCCCGGGUCUCCGCAGCCCGCCAGCACCGCCCCUGCCAACCCCGCCCCUGCGGGGCCCAGGCCGGUCGGGAGCAGGGGCCGGGCCGCGGGCGGAGCCUCUCGGUCCCCGCCCUCGCCCUCGGCCAACUGGCGGUCGUGCGGGCGGGCGGCGGGGCGGGCGGACCCUCGGCCGCGCUCCGGGCUCCGGCGCCGCCGCUCCUCCUGCUCGGCCCGCGCUGCCCGGCUCUGCGCGCGCUUCGGGGCGAGGCUCGGCCGGCGCGGACGCGCAGCAUGGCGGUGGAGGACGAGGGGCUCCGGGUCUUCCAGAGCGUGAAGAUCAAGAUCGCCCGUUUUACGGAGAAGACUUUUACUGUGAAAUUCCUCGGAGCUUUCGUCACCUGUCCUUCUACAUUUUCGAUAGAGACGUUUUCCGGAGGGAUUCCAUCAUAGGGAAGGUGGCCAUCCAGAAGGAGGACUUGCAGAAGUACCACAACAGGGACACCUGGUUCCAGCUGCAGCACGUGGACGCCGACUCGGAGGUGCAGGGCAAAGUGCACCUGGAGCUGCGGCUGAGCGAGGUCAUCACAGACACUGGGGUCGUCUGCCACAAGCUCGCCACACGCAUUGUCGAGUGCCAGGGCCUCCCCAUCGUGAAUGGGCAGUGCGACCCCUACGCCACCGUGACACUGGCAGGACCCUUCAGAUCGGAAGCAAAGAAGACGAAAGUAAAGCGGAAGACCAACAACCCCCAGUUCGACGAAGUGUUUUAUUUUGAGGUGACCCGGCCCUGUAGCUACAGCAAGAAGUCUCACUUUGACUUUGAGGAAGAAGACGUGGACAAGCUCGAAAUCAGAGUUGACCUCUGGAACGCCAGUAACCUGAAGUUUGGAGAUGAAUUCCUGGGAGAACUAAGGAUACCGUUGAAAGUCCUGCGGCAGUCCAGCUCCUACGAGGCGUGGUACUUCCUGCAGCCCCGGGACAACGGUAGCAAGAGCCUAAAGCCAGGCGACCUGGGCUCCCUGCGGCUGAACGUGGUGUACACGGAAGACCAUGUGUUUUCUUCUGACUAUUACAGCCCUCUGCGGGACCUGCUGUUGAAGUCUGCGGACGUGGAGCCCGUGUCAGCGUCCGCGGCCCACAUCCUGGGCGAGGUUUGCCGGGAGAAGCAGGAGGCGGCUGUCCCGCUGGUGCGGCUCUUGCUCCACUACGGCAGGGUGGUGCCCUUCAUCAGUGCCAUCGCCGGCGCGGAGGUGAAGCGGACCCAGGACCCCAACACCAUCUUCCGAGGAAACUCACUGGCGUCCAAGUGCAUCGACGAGACCAUGAAGCUGGCGGGGAUGCAUUACCUGCACGUCACCCUGAAGCCCGCCAUCGAGGAGAUAUGCCAGAGCCACAAACCCUGUGAAAUAGACCCUGUGAAGCUGAAAGAUGGAGAAAACCUUGAAAACAACAUGGAGAACCUACGGCAGUACGUGGACCGUGUCUUCCACGCCAUCACCGAGUCCGGGGUGAGCUGCCCGACCGUCAUGUGCGACAUUUUCUUCUCGCUCCGGGAGGCGGCGGCCAAGCGCUUCCAGGGUGACCCGGACGUCAGGUACACCGCAGUGAGCAGCUUCAUCUUUCUGAGGUUCUUUGCGCCUGCCAUUCUCUCCCCCAACCUCUUCCAGCUCACGCCGCACCACACGGACCCCCAGACAUCCAGGACGCUGACGUUGAUCUCCAAGACCGUUCAGACCCUCGGCAGCCUGUCCAAGUCCAAAUCUGUGAGUCUCUGUUCUUCAUUUUCUCUUUUUUACGAUUUCUUCCUGUUUCAGUUCUUGGAUCUGAUUUCGUCCUCGGGGAGAAGAGAUCCCAAGAGUGUCGAGCAGCCCAUCCUGCUUAAAGAAGGGCUCAUGAUCAAGAGGGCGCAAGGACGGAAGCGCUUUGGGAUGAAGAAUUUUAAGAAGAGAUGGUUUCGCUUGACCAACCAUGAAUUUACCUACCACAAAAGCAAAGGGGACCAGCCUCUCUACAGCAUUCCCAUCGAGAACAUCCUGGCAGUGGAGAAGCUGGAGGAGGAGUCUUUCAAAAUGAAAAACAUGUUCCAGGUCAUCCAGCCAGAGCGUGCGCUGUACAUCCAGGCCAACAACUGCGUGGAGGCCAAGGACUGGAUCGACAUUCUCACCAAAGUGAGCCAGUGCAACCAGAAGCGCCUCACUGUCUACCACCCUUCCGCCUACCUGAGCGGCCACUGGCUGUGCUGUAGGGCGCCCUCGGACUCGGCUCCAGGCUGCUCGCCCUGCACCGGCGGCCUCCCAGCCAACAUCCAGCUGGACAUUGACGGGGACCGUGAGACAGAGCGUAUCUACUCCCUCUUCAACUCGUACAUGAGCAAGCUGGAAAAGAUGCAGGAGGCCUGUGGGAGCAAAUCCGUGUACGACGGCCCGGAGCAGGAGGAGUAUUCGACGUUCGUCAUUGACGACCCCCAGGAGACUUACAAGACACUGAAGCAGGUCAUCGCUGGCGUCGGGGCUUUGGAGCAGGAGCACGCCCAGUAUAAGAGGGACAAGUUCAAGAAGACGAAAUACGGAAGCCAGGAGCACCCCAUCGGAGACAAGAGCUUCCAGAACUACAUCCGGCAGCAGUCCGAGACCUCCACGCACUCCAUUUAGAGCCUGCGGGACGCGCCCAGUGGCGCCAGCGAGCUGCCCGUGCAGAGCUGCAGCCUUUGGGAGGGAGAAGAGAAGGAAAAGCACGGAGCCAGCACAUGAGACGCAGCCGCCCGGCCCAUGGACAAGUGGUGCUGGGGCUUUCCUCUCCCAGAACCGCCGCCGCUGCCACCACACCCCCCUCAGAAAGCCCGCCUGGCCGGGUGGACCGUGUCGUCCUUUGGUUCUGUGCUUUUGGCUCUUUGUUUGUGGGGUUCUGGGGAUCAGCUGAAGGAUCAGGAAGUGGGGGCUGUGCUCUAGCCGCAGCCGGCCUCAGGGAGCCGCGGCCCGUCCAGUCGGCUGUGACCUGCACCUCUGGCCGUGUGUGCGUCUGUCUCACGUGCACGUCUGUCUCGCGUGCACGGUGCGGGUGGCACUGGGCUCUGUGGCUCUGUGCCCGGGGGCCUGCUGGCCCCGUCUUGGCUUUCGGCUUCAUCACAUUGGGACGUUCAGAGCAUUACUCUCCCACUGUGCCUGCUGUCCAGGCGGCGUGGGAGGCGGCCUCCCUGUUCACUUUUGAGGUUCGUUUGAUUCCUGGCUGAAGGGUCAGUUUUGUGGCUGGGAGGUGCAGAACUACACGGAAAUCCCAGUCUGAGGAUGUCCUUGGUGCUUGGGGGUUACGGGUUCUGUCCACAGAGUCCCCUGGAGGGAAAAGUGUGGGCUCCAGCUUCGCCAGGUGUCUGCUGAGCCCACAGUUGAAGCCCCCAUUGUUUUGCUGUUCAGUGGGGUUUAAAGUCAGAAUUAACAUUGGCCACCCCCUGUGGAAGUUUGAAGAUUUUUAAAAUAGAAAUGUGCAUUUUUCAAACUGUUUUUCUUUAUGUUUUUUAAGGACCCUUUUUAAUUAGCUCUUUGAUACAAAGUAAUUCAGAACAUCAAAACCUAUACCCACGAAAGGGAAGGCUGCCGGGGAGGCAAAUGGAACAGGAAUGGAGCCUGUCUCAGGAAGGCCAGCUGCAGGUCCUCAAGAAAAUCAAAGAAGGGAAGAAAUUCUGAGUUUGAGGUACAGGGGCGUCAGGGGUGCAGACGUCCCUCCAGGGCCCGUGGCCAGUGUUGCACCUGCGUCGCGAACCCCCAGAUGCUGUGCAGGGCAGGGGCGGGGCUGCUGUUUUAUGGGGGAGGGGAGCAUCCUAAAAAUGGGGUCCAGGCAGACCCCUCCAGACCUCACACUGCCGAGGAGGCCUUUCCCACAGGGCGUCCUCCCGGGAUGCAGACGGCAGGUGUGUGGGAAGCGCCGUUUGAAUACACAGCACGACAAUACUGUAGUUCAGACUCUUCAUCUCGAUGGCAGAUACAAACUUUGUUGUCACAAAACUAGUGGAGGAAAAUGUAAAAAUAGACUUUUGGACACACAGCUGUUGGGGCUGCAAUUUUUACCAUGGAUUUAUAACUUAACAUUUCUGUUUAUAAAAUACUAGCGAUUUGCAAUGUAUUUUACUGGCCAAUUAAAACAGAUGUUUUAUUCUU